UUGGCUCGGGGAAGCGGGCUCCCGAUUGGCCCCGCGCUGUGCUCGAACGGGACUGCGCGGGAAACAGCGUAAUCCGGCAGGCGGCGGACAGGCGCAGAAGUCCCUGGCGCUGCUGCGUCCUUUGGGAGACACCAUGAGCUGCAUCAACCUGCCCUCGGUGCUGCCCGGCUCCCCCAGCAAGACUCGGGGCCAAAUCCAGGUGAUUCUCGGGCCCAUGUUCUCAGGGAAAAGCACGGAGCUGAUGAGGCGGGUACGCCGCUUCCAGAUCGCCCAAUACAAGUGCCUGGUCAUUAAGUACGCCAAAGACACGCGCUACAGCAGCAGCUUCUCCACACACGACAGGAACACUAUGGAGGCGCUGCCAGCCUGCCUGCUCCGGGACACGACCCAGGAAGCCCUGGGUGUGGCUGUCAUAGGCAUCGACGAGGGGCAGUUUUUCCCUGACAUUGUGGAGUUCUGCGAGGCCAUGGCCAACACCGGGAAGACAGUGAUUGUGGCGGCCCUGGACGGGACCUUUCAGAGGAAGGCUUUUGGCAGCAUCCUGAACCUGGUGCCCCUGGCGGAAAGCGUGGUGAAGCUGACCGCUGUGUGCAUGGAGUGCUUCCGCGAAGCCGCCUACACCAAGAGGCUGGGCCUGGAGAAGGAGGUCGAGGUGAUUGGUGGAGCAGACAAGUACCACUCCGUGUGUCGCCUCUGCUACUUCAAGAAGUCCUCGGUCCAGAAUGCUGGGCUGGACAAGGAGAACUGCCCGAUGCUGCCGGGAGAGGCCCCGGUGGCCAGGAAGCUCUUCGCCCCUCACCAGGUGCUACAGUGUGGCCCUGGCAUCUGAGGACCCUGGGGCCACAGGGGAGCCUCCUGCCCCUGUCCUGCUGCCCCGCGAGGCCCUGUAGAGCAGCCAGAACUGUGCCCAGUGAGAAAGGUCCUCCCUCCUCGCCAGCCCACGGGCCUCAGUCUCCACCCCAGCCAGACCUGCUGGUUUGGGGUCCACACCGUCUCCUCCAGGCCGCGGCACAGCCACACGCUAUUGUGACACUGGUGCUGCCGGCUGCUUCCUCCUUUGUGGCUUUCACUGCCGAGUUUCUGUUCUCCCUGGGAUGUCUGUGCCAGCGCCCCAGAGCCCCGCCUUGCACAGAGGGCCCUGUUGUCCACUCUGAGGACAUCUGGUCCCGUGUCCCCUGCUGCCCUUUGGACUGAAAUCCCUUCCUAUGCUCUAGCUCAAGCAGCGGUGGUUUCUCCAGAAAAAUGUCAUCUUUCAGGCACCACACCGCAGCAUGGCUGCUGGGAACGGGCCUCUUAAAAGAGGAAGGUGGGGCCGAUGAUGUAGCUCAGCGGCACAAGCGCCUGCCUGACAAGCACAAGGUCCUGAGUUUGAUUCCUGGUGCCAGAAAAAAAAAAAAAAGAGGAAGGUGCUCUGUGGCUCUGGGCCCUGCCUCUUGCUGCAGUGUCUUGAUGUUAAUGGCCAUUGUUGGAUGUCAGUAGCUGGUAAAGCCACAUUUCACUUUUUUUUAAAAAGGUGGUACCAGGAAUUGAACUCAGGACCCCACAUUUGCCAGGCAGGCACUGUGCCACACAGCUAUAUGCCUGGCCCUCAUUUCACUUCUGCCUGGUGCUUUGGGUCUUGUACGCUGCUCUCACAGGACGAGUGGGGGUUUCAUCCAGAUCUCAUGCUAGAACUCGUGUCCUUCUGACCCAAGCCUAUUUAUGAGAAAAGACUGAGGGCCAUGUCCUACGAGAA